UGGUUUGAGAAAUCACCCUGAGCUUGUUGGGAAACCUGUUGCAGUUUGUCAUGCAGGGAAAAGUAAUGUGAACAAAGAACCUAACACAGACAGCGCAUCUAGUUUUMCAUCCAUGUCAGAAAUAGCAUCAUGUAGUUAUGAGGCAAGGAAGGCAGGCGUCAAGAAUGGCAUGUUUUUAGGUGCAGCUCGCAAGCUGUGUCCAAACAUUGUUUGUAUACCAUACCUAUUCCAGCAGUAUCGUGAUGUCUCUAGGARACUUUACCAUAUACUGGUCAACCAUACACAUGAUAUCGAGGCUGUCAGCUGUGAUGAGGCCUACAUUGAUGUAUCCUUGGUAUUGAAUGAGGAUACUACACCCCUUGAUUUAGCCAAACAAAUUCGCAAUGAAAUYCAAGACCAGACAAAGUGUACAGCAUCAGUUGGUAUCGGCCCUAAUGUAUUACUAGCAAGACUAUGUACUAGGCUCGCAAAGCCUGAUGGACAGUAUCAUGUUCAUGGAGACAAAGUGCAAGAAUUCAUUGGUCAACAAAAAGUGUCUGAUUUGCCAGGAGUCGGGCGAUCACUCAGAGAAAAGCUUCAUGGUUUAGGAGUAACGACUUGUGUUGAUCUUCAACGGCUGAGCCUGMAAUCCUUACAGGACAGCCUGGGCGAGAAGACAGGUCUUAUGGUAUACCGUUAUGGGCGUGGCGAGGACGACAGGCCACUGAGAGUCGAACGAGAAAGAAAGUCGGUGUCUGCUGAAAUAAACUACGGGAUACGAUUCACAGAGGAAUCUGAACCAAUAAAGUUUAUCAGCGAAUUGUCAGUUGAAGUUCAGAAAAGACUCAGAGACAUUGAAUCCAAAGGACAGUCAGUUUGCUUAAAGUUAAAAGUGCGUAAAAAAGGAGCCCCAGAGCCCCUCAAGUUUAUGGGCCAUGGAAUAUGUGAUAAUAUUGCACGUUCUGCGUCACUUCCGGUUCCUACUGACGACUCCAAAACAAUAGCAGCCAAAUGUCAUCAUUUAUUGCAUCAGUUGAAGCUCYUGCCGUCAGAUAUACGCGGUAUGGGYAUCCAAGUAAACAGACUAACACAACACAAAGCAACCACUCGUACUUUACAUGACUUUGCUACGACCAAACCUMCACAAAGAACACCUCUUCUAGAGCGACCGGGCGAUGUAACGAGUUCUACUUCCGCUAAUAAACCUCCUCAAAGAACCUCUCMACAAGAACGACCGGACGAUGUAGCGAGUGUGAUUGCCACUAAUAAACCUCUACAGAAAAACGGCUCUCUACUAGAACGACCAGACGAUGAAGCGAGUUUGAUUGCCACUUAUAACGCUUCACARCGAACACUCUUACAAGAACGAACGGGCGAUAUAACGAGUUUUACGCCAUCGCGUUCUCCUUCAAACUCUUUUUAUUCACAUGAGAUGAAUACACCAGGGCAUGAAGUAAGCGACAAAUUAUGCUUUAACGAACCCUUUAAGGAGAGCGGGAGACUCCCUCCCCUCCCUCCCCUCCCCCAGUUUUUYCCUUCUUCUCCCUCAGCGACAAGGAAACGCUCGAUACCAAAGUCACCAGAACCCCAACCAGUGUCAGACGUCAUGGAAGAGCUUCUAUUACCAUCGCCUUCUCAGCUAGACCACAAUGCAUUGAACGCGCUACCGGAAGAKAUUCGACUCAGUAUUCAAAGGCAGUACGCUAAAAGGAACAAUUCUAUUGCUGUUAUAGAUAACAAAGAAACAAUUACGGUAGACGAGGAAACUAACCUGGAAGAAGUAAAACAAGAAGAACAAGCAAGCCUUAAAGGAGCAACGUCUUGCAGACAAGUAAAAACUCUAUUGAAAUCAUGGACCGAUAGCUCAGAGUUUUUUCAAGAAGACGUKGACGUUGUAGUUGAGUAUUUUUUAAAAUUGGUAGAACGAGACAACAUGGAGCAAUUAUGGAUUCUUAUCAAAUACCUAAUAAGAUGUAUCACCAAGUCACAUAGUAAAGUAUGGACGUUAGCGUGUCAAGAUAUAAUACAGCGAGUACAAGUAUCAGUGAUUGAUAAACAUGGUGCACCCCUAGCCUUACAACAUAGUUAGAACAGUAUAUAAUAAAAAAAAGAAAUUUUGUAAUAAAAAAAAUAAAUAAAGUACGUUCGAAAACAGAGGAAUAAAAUAUUGUUGUUGCACAUUKGACCAUAGGAAAAAAAGUGACUGCAGCUUUGCGUUAUGUUACUUCCGGUUUACUUUCACAUUUUUUUCACAUUUCUUCCCCUUCCACGCACGGCUAUCUUAGAGACAUGCGCAGUUCUCUGUUGUAUGUAGAUAUUUUGCGUGGCCCCAUAUCACAAAAUAAUAACCUUUGUGAACUUAGUAAUCURGCCAAGUUUCAUACUUUUAUCACAACACCAACAAUUAGCACUAUUUUUGUUCUUAAGCAGCCGGACAAUCUCGUACCCCGAGCCUUCGUUUUUCUUGGCCAGCG